AUAAUUUUCAAAAUUUUGCUUUGCAGGAUUUCUUUUUCGGCCCUUCCUUCCGUGCAGGUUUUUUUUUCAAAAUCAUCCAAUCCCCCCUCAAAAUUAUAAUGGAUCGCCACUAAAUUGUAUACACGUUGACUAAAUUGUUAAUAUAACUAGACAAUCAUCAACGCAUGGAAAUAUAGUUAAAUCGUUAUUACAUUGUGAUUUCAGACUGUUGGAUGUGAUAACAUACUMSGRUCUAAUGCAGAGUUUGAUCGAUGUGGUCAGUGUACCGGCAAUGGUUCCUCAUGUAAAACCGAAAGGGGAGCAUAUCUUAAACACUUCAGAGAAUAUGGUAUAAACAACGCCGAUACUGUCGCAGUACUYCCUACAGGAACUACGAAUGCGAACUUCAAGCAACGCGGAGAGUCAUGGAAUUUGCUGGGAAUACAAGAUGCAAAAGGAAACUUCCUGAUCAAAUUCCCAACCUAUUCCAAAACUAUCUACCACAAGGGAACGAAGAUAGUUUACACUCACGAGUCAGCGGUAACUAAAGACACAUUGGAUAUCUCAGGACAACCAACCAAUGAGGAGCUUUUUAUUAAAUUCAUUUAUUUUUACGGCGAUAAUGAAGGAGUCGACUACAAAUAUAACGCACCUUCAAAUGUCUCACAGCCGCCACCAAGCUUUGCAUGGAGAAUCUCAGAAUGGACCAGCUGUUCGCGGUCAUGUGCAAUAGGUACCAAGACUCGUAACAUUCAUUGCUAUCGUUCCGAUGACAAUACCACCGUUGGAGAUCAGUAUUGUAAUGCAACGGAAAUGCCCAUCAAACAAAAAGAAUGUAACAAACAUGCCUGUCCAGAGGAGUGGCACUUAUCAAAAUGGACCCCGUGUUCUAGGACAUGUGGCGGUGGUUCCCAAGUACGGACACUUAAAUGUCGACAAAUGACUGCUCCUUCAAAAUACUUGGAARUMYACCAUAGUCAAUGUGACGCCAAGACAAAACCUGAUGUGACCGAUUUCCAUCGAGAAUGUAAUAAGAUUUCUUGCCCACCAAUGUGGAAGGCUCUUAGAUGGUCAGAGUGCUCCGUGACAUGUGGACAAGGUGUGGCUGCAAGGCAAGUACUUUGCACACAAAUAAACAAUAACGGAAUGGAGUUAAACAUUACAAGACAACUUUGCAGUCAAGAAUCAAGACCAUCKACUUCUAGGAGCUGUGAUACUGCCGUCAACUGUCCAGUACCAAAAAUGUUUGGUAUCGCGUGUUUCAAAGCUGAUCCAAUUCCACUGGAACAAACCCUUGGUGAUUUUACCAGCACCAUCACUUGGGACAAUACCAAAGAUGUUGUCGAUCAAUGUGCUUCUCUGGCUUACAAUAAAGGCUACAUGUAUUUUGCCCUUGGAAAUAACGGAAUAUGUUACUCUGGGCCAAACACCAAAACAAUUUAUCCAACAGUUAACGCUUAUGGAGUGAACAAAGAAAAAUGCGCAGAUGGUGUUGGAAGAGCAGGGCAUUUUUUUGUUUACACUUUUGAACCUCUGCCAUCAUAUACAUCUCUGGGAUGCUAUGGAGAUAAAGACGAUAUCCGGGUUUUUCCUGUGUUAUAUGCGUACAUGCGUUCUCAAGUCAAUUGGUAUUUUCCAAACAGGACCGUCGACCAGUGCGCUAAGGUAGCACGUGACAUGUCCUAUAAGUACUUUGGAAUCGAGUUCUACGGCGAAUGCUACUCAGUAGAUGAGUCCAUUGCUGCAAAUGAUUACAACAAGUAUGGUUCCAGAGACGGUUGCUGGGGAGGAAUAGGGAGCAAGUGGCAAUUAUCUGUCUACAAGUUUAACUAAAGAUGGGAAUAUUUUCGGUGGAACUUACGUACGCAAGAAUUGCGUAUCAAACAUAAUGUCUAUUGCUAAAACCUAUAUGUUAUUUAUAUGUGUGUUAUUUAUAUCAAUAAAUUUUGUUUAAUGGUUGUAUUUGACAUAUGGUGUGC